CUGAAUCAAAUUUAGAGGAAUCGUGCCGGGUUAUUUGUUAUUUAGUUGUAAACAAUUAUUAUUAAAUAAACUAGAUUGCACAUUCUUUCCACUUUAAUCAUGCCCAAGGAGCAGUUUCGCGCUUCGGCGCUUAACAAAAAAGAUUUCACAUGUGCAGUUUGGAAUCAGUGGUGCCGAUGAAAUCCAACAGGAGGCCUUGGUGCGGAUCAUCUCGAAGAAUUUAUAUCAGGCCCAGCGGCAACCAGUUCCCUAUGGAGUUCUUGAUCGCAGGAUGGGCAUCAGCACAAAGGAUGCCAUGUGCGAAACGUGUGGUCAAGGCCUGAACGAGUGCAUCGGUCAUUUCGGCUAUUUGGAUCUGGCAUUGCCAGUUUUCCAUAUCGGACACUUUCGUUCAACCAUAAACAUUCUGCAAAUGAUUUGCAAGGCAUGUGCUCAUGUGAUGCUCAAGCCGGAGGACAGGCAGUUGUACGAGAAGAAGCUGCACAACCCGAACUUCUCCUAUUUGGGAAAGAAAGCGCUGCACGUGCAAAUGUUGGCCAAAGCCAAGAAGGUUACCAAGUGCCAGCAUUGUGGGUCCCCGAAUGGGGGCGUGAAAAAGGGUCCAGGGCUGUUAAAAAUCCUGCACGAUCCCUACAAGGGACGCAAAGUGGAUUCCCUGUUCAACAGCAACAUGAACGAAAUGCUCCGUUCGACGGAAGCAAAUCGGGACCUAAAUCUUACUCUGGGCAACUACAGCACUGCCGAGGAACUUACACCGCUCAUGGUGCUCGACUUGUUCGAACAGAUUCCCCAGAGCGACGUGGCUCUAUUGGGAAUGUGCUCGCAUGAUGCCCAUCCAAAGCAUCUAAUUGUCACCAGAGUCUUUGUGCCUCCCGCCUGCAUUCGCCCUUCGGUUUUGUCCGAAGUAAAGGCUGGCACCACCGAGGAUGAUUUGACAAUGAAGCAGAGCGAAAUCUUGCUUAUCAAUGAUGUAAUCCAGCGUCACAUGGCCACCGGCGGAAAGAUCGAGCUUAUCCACGAGGACUGGGAUUUUCUGCAGCUUCAUGUUGCUCUUUAUUUCCAUAGUGAAAUCAGCGGCAUUCCCAUUAACAUGGCACCAAAAAAGACAACUCGUGGCAUUGUGCAAAGGUUAAAAGGCAAGCAGGGUCGCUUCCGUUGCAAUCUAUCCGGCAAAAGAGUGGAUUUCAGCGGACGUACUGUCAUUUCACCAGAUCCGAACCUAAUGAUCCACCAAGUUGGCGUUCCUGUGCGUGUGGCUAAGAUUCUUACCUAUCCCGAGCGAGUCAACCCAGCCAAUAUGCGCCACAUGAGGCAACUAGUGCGCAAUGGACCGAGCAAGCACCCGGGCGCCAAUUACGUUCAGCAGCGAGGGUCGAGUUUUAAGAAGUAUCUUGCCUAUGGAAACCGAGAAAAAGUCGCACAGGAGCUGAAGUGCGGUGAUAUUGUGGAACGUCAUCUGGCCGACGAUGAUAUUGUGCUGUUUAAUCGCCAGCCGUCGCUUCAUAAGAUGUCGAUUAUGUGCCACCGCGCCAAAGUGCAGCCGCAAAGAACAUUUCGCUUCAACGAAUGCGCCUGUACGCCAUACAACGCUGAUUUCGACGGUGAUGAAAUGAAUCUGCACUUGCCGCAAACGGAGGAAGCAAGGGCCGAAGCUCUAAUCCUGAUGGGAAACCAGUCGAACUUGGUCACGCCAAAGAACGGUGAGAUUUUAAUUGCUGCUACCCAGGACUUUAUUACCGGUGGCUAUUUGCUUACGCAAAAGGAGGUCUUUCUUACUAAGGAGGAGGCCAUGCAGUUGGCCGCAUGCUUUUUGGCCAACGAGGAUUCCACGAUGCACAUAAAGCUACCACCGCCUGCGCUUCUCAAGCCUCGCCGUCUGUGGACUGGUAAGCAAAUGUUUAGCCUACUGAUGCGACCAAACGACGACUCCCACGUGCGCCUUAAUAUGGUCAACAAAGGUCGAAACUAUACGCGAAACAUGGACCUGUGCAGCAAUGACUCCUGGGUUCAUAUACGCAAUUCGGAGUUGAUGUGCGGCGUUAUGGACAAGGCGACAAUGGGCUCUGGUACAAAGCAGUGCAUUUUCUACUUGCUGCUAAGAGACUUUGGAGAACUGCAUGCCACAAAGGCGAUGUGGAGACUGGCAAGGGUCGCAUCGUACUUUCUGCAAAACCGUGGCUUCUCAUUUGGGAUAAGCGACGUGACUCCGAGUAAGAAACUUCUGCAGCACAAGGAAUUGCUAUUGGAACAUGGAUACACAAAGUGUAACGAGUAUAUUGAAAAGCUCAAGGCGGGAACUCUGCAGUGCCAACCGGGUUGCUCGCCGGCGGAGACUCUCGAGGCUGUGAUGUUGCGCGAAUUGUCGGGAAUCCGAGAGCAGGCUGCCAAAACAUGCUUUGCGGAGCUACAUCCAACCAACAGCGCACUGAUAAUGGCGCUCAGUGGAUCGAAGGGUUCAAACAUUAAUAUUUCUCAAAUGAUUGCGUGCGUGGGACAGCAAGCUAUUAGUGGAAAACGAGUGCCCAACGGCUUCGAGAACCGAGCUCUUCCCCACUUCGAAAGGCACUCUGCGAUACCUGCGGCCAGAGGUUUUGUGCAGAAUAGUUUCUACUCCGGCCUGACGCCAACGGAGUUCUUCUUCCACACAAUGGCUGGACGUGAAGGUUUGGUGGAUACCGCUGUGAAGACUGCGGAGACUGGAUAUCUGCAGCGACGGCUGGUGAAGUGCCUGGAGGAUCUGGUUGUCCAUUACGAUGGUACAGUUCGCAAUGCUGUCAAUGAAAUGGUGGAUACCAUUUACGGUGGAGAUGGCCUCGAUCCAGUGUCAAUGGAGACCCGAAACAAACCCGUUGAUCUGGUUCAUCAGUACGAUAAUCUGCGUGCUCAACAUCCACAUGGCAAGGAUGUUCCGCUUCUGGCAACCGAAAUUUCUGAGACCCUGGAAAAGCUCUUAAAGACUGCUGAAUUUUUGGAAGCCCGAGAAGAUUUUAAAACAGAUGUUCGAAACCACAUUAGUACCGUGUCGAAACGCAUUGAAAAAUUGCAGAAACGCUAUGAAAAACACAAGAACCUAUGCAAUCAGAUCGAAUGCAUCACCAGUGAGCAGCUGCUGAAGUUCCUGCGCCGCAUUAAUGAUCGAUACAAUCGAGCUGUUACGGAACCGGGCACAGCAGUCGGUGCUAUUGCCGCGCAGAGUAUUGGCGAGCCAGGCACGCAGAUGACUUUAAAAACGUUCCAUUUUGCUGGUGUUGCCUCGAUGAACAUUACCCAAGGUGUACCUCGUAUAGUGGAGAUUAUCAAUGCGACGAAAACGAUAUCGACGCCGAUCAUUACAGCUGAGCUGCAGAAUUGCCAUAGUAUGGAGUUUGCAAGGCAAGUGAAGGCGCGCAUUGAGAAGACAACGUUGGCCGAACUGUCCUCGUAUGUGGAAGUUGUAUGCGGACCUUACAGCUGCUAUCUUGCGAUCGGAAUCGACAUGGCAAGAAUUAAACUUCUUGGCCUGGCCAUAAACUUGGAUACAAUUGUUUUUAGCAUACUGAAGUCGCGUAUGCGGCUUAAGCCGGUUCAAGUGGAAGUGGUUGCCAAAUCCUCGCGAAUUGUGGUUCGAGUUGAAGCUACAAGAACUUCAACAAUCAAUGCAGAGCUGGCUCGUUUGGCUCUCAGUCUUCAGAAUGUGGUUGUGGCGGGUCUGCCCAAUAUUAAUCGGGCAGUCAUUGCUGUGGAUGAUGCAAGACAACCUCCCACAUACAAACUAUGCAUUGAAGGUUACGGACUUCGCGAUGUUAUUGCCACAUAUGGUGUUGUAGGCAAACGUACUCGCAGCAAUAAUAUUUGUGAAAUAUACCAGACGCUGGGAAUCGAAGCAGCGCGCACGAUCAUCAUGAGUGAAAUCACCGAGGUGAUGGAGGGACAUGGAAUGAGUGUCGAUUGGCGACACAUCAUGCUCCUUGCCAGCCAAAUGACAGCACGCGGAGAAGUGCUGGGAAUCACUCGACAUGGUUUGGCCAAAAUGCGUGAGAGUGUUUUCAAUUUGGCAUCGUUUGAGAAGACGGCUGAUCACUUGUUCGAUGCAGCAUACUAUGGACAAACCGACGCCAUUAACGGGGUUUCGGAGCGCAUUAUCCUGGGAAUGCCAGCAGGCAUUGGUACUGGGAUCUUUAAGUUGCUACAACAUCACGAAGACAAGCAGGUUCCGCCCAUUGAACAAACGAUAUCAAGUUCAUUGAAUCUAGUGCCUAGUGCAUAAGGAGCGGGUCUUCUUAACGUAACUUCGGUGUUUAGAAUUAAAGUAACGUGUUAUGACUUAGCUAUUUUCCAAUUUCCUAAAUUUAUUUUCAAUCAAAUAAAAAAUUUUCAUAAAA